AUACCCCCGAUCAUUUCAACUCACAGACAGGUGCCUGAGGUUUGAGAGAGAAACUCAAAAAAAAAACAGUACAGAGAAACAGGACCCGGAAGAAGGGAGGGGGAAAAUCGGAUUUAAUUUGUCCCAGAGAAAGGUCGAGAGAGAAACCGCCCGAGCAGAAAGCGACAGAGCGACUGUGAGGGCCUUACAGAGAGAAUUAGAUCCACAAGAAAGAGAUAUUGGGUGGACAUGGCAGAGGAGUUGCAAAACGGGAUUUGCAGUGGCAACUGGUGGAGCAACGCCAGGAGCGUCUCGGCAUGCUCGAGUGCGUUGACGGAUAUGGGGAAUCUGGGUGGGUGGUCUUCUGAGACUGGGGAAGUCAAGGGGAGAUCCCCCUCGGAAACCACAGUCGGAGAUGAUCACACGGCAGCUUCUGUUUCGAGCAGCUCGGUGCAGGAUUCAGGCAUGGUUAUGAUGGAUACUGGCGUUCAGUUUGCCCUCUCCUCAACUGAUUGGAGCCAUGCUCUUCUACGAGGCAGUGGAAGACCAGAUAACAGUUUACAAGCCAUGUUACCUGAAGAAGACCUAUUAAACUCUCGCUCCAACUUUAGACAAGACCCAACACCUGAUUCAGGCCAUUUCCAAAAGGAAUGGUGCCCCAAAAACUUUUUAGUAAAUGAAGACUCCCUCAAGCACAUGAACCAGACUUUCAGUUUUGAAAAUCGGCUAAAUUCAGGCAAUAGCUCCGGCGAUUGUACAGUAACAGGUCGGAGCUUAACAACUAGCAAUUACAACCCGGGUUCUUUGCCCUAUGCUUCUCCAUCGUCUUUAUUGCAAGGAUUAUAUGAACAAGAACCAUUGGUGGGUUUUCAAGGAAAUCGAUUGUUAAAUUCUCCUUCUUCGAAUUAUAGAAUGGGUGUGUCCCAAAUUACGACAGAUGAAUUUGGGACGAGUUCUUGGUCUAAAUUUCCUGAUUUUCUCAAGUCUUCUUCUCCUCCAAAGGAGCAACAACAGCAACAAAGUAAUCAGUUGCUGUUUUCAAACAACACCCCUUUUUGGAAUGCUUCGCCUAUGGCGAACAGUAUAAGGCCUGGUUUAUAUGCACCUUCAAACCAGCAGUUCAUGUCUCAGACAAUUGAGGAGAAACCCCUUAUCAGUAACAUCACAGCCAAGACGAAUAUAGAUGAAGCUCAUGAUUCUUUGGCUGACUUGAAAAAGAGUGCAAGCGAGCCGAGCUUUAAACGGCCUCGACUGGAGACACCAUCGCCAUUACCAACUUUUAAGGUUAGGAAAGAGAAGUUAGGGGACAGGAUCACGGCACUACAGCAAAUAGUUUCACCUUUCGGAAAGACUGAUACUGCAUCCGUUCUUUAUGAAGCCAUCCAGUAUAUCAAGUUCUUACACGAGCAAGUUAAUACGCUGAGUACUCCAUACAUGAAAAAUGGGGCGCCUUUACAGCACCACCAGAGCGCAGAUAAAUCGAAGGACACAGAAGGCCCAAAACAAGAUCUAAGGAGUAGAGGCCUGUGUUUGGUCCCCAUCUCAAGCACGUAUCCAGUUACUAGUGAAACCGCAGUUGACUAUUGGACCCCCACUUUUGGUGGAACCUACAGAUAGAGAGACAGAGAAGAAAAGCUCAGUAGUUAGUGGGGAGCUAGGGUUUUGAGGGGAAGGACAAUUUGGUCAUAAGAUUAAGGAGGCAUGUAGUUAUAUAUAAAUAGAUAUAGAUAUGAAUGUAUUCUUGGAGAAAAAGCAAAAAGAGAAGUGGACAGUUCAUGGACAGGGCAUGCUGGGCCAGUUUACAGGCCAAAUGAUGCAGGGAGGCCACGGCUGGAGCAAGGACCUUUGGAAGAGAAUAUUUCCUAUAACUUAUAUAUAGCAAUUGUAAUAUUCAAUGUAUAUGUGUAUUUAUAGGGAAAUUUAUUUGUUGGAACAUGUGCUAAUUUAUCAGGGAUUGGAGUGUAGAGAGAGAAAGUGGGCAGUUCUAUUUAUUUAGGGGAAUUUUAGUGAGAGAAAGAGAGGGACAUCUCUUUUAUCUUCUCUCCUCCUACUAAAGAUGGCACUGCCACCACCUUUGUUUUAUUUUGGAAGAAAAGAGAGGGGAAUAAAUAAAUGUUUUGGGGAUUUGGCGCU